AUGAAAUUUAGGCAAAUUCAAUAUUUUUUUUCGUAAUAUCAAAUUGGACAAUUAUUCAAACUGGAAACAAAAUUCACAGAAGAAGAUGUCAAAAUUUAUGCAAAUCUCAUUAAAGAUUUCAAUCCGAUUCAUGUUGAUGAAUAAAUUGCUUCUAAAUCAGUAUUUAAACAAAGAGUAGUGCAUGGAAUACUAUCAUCUGGUUUAUUCUCUACAUUAGUAGGUACAAAUUUUCCUGGGGCCAUUUAUUUAGAAUAAUCUUUAUAUUUUAAAGCUCCAAUAUUUUUUGAAGAAUAAAUAUUAGCUUAAGUUCUUAUAUAAGAUAUCAAACUUAUAAAAGGAAAAUCAAUUCUGAAAUUGGAUACUACUAUCUUUAAACUUUAAUAGAAAAUUGCAAUUACAGGAGAAGCAAAAAUCCUAAUUAAUUGA